GCUGAACAGGUAUCUGCACCCCUACUGGCCUUUGGUGCUCUCCACGGUCGCCAUCCCACUUGCGGAGCUACCCCAGUGUGGCACGGAGGAGUAUGUUGUGGAGCUGGGCCUCGAGACGGAGGAACCGAUUGGCUGCGACUUUGUGGACGCGGACACAGGGCGAUCCAAACCAUACUACCAGUAA